AUGCUGAGCAUCCUCAUGCUCCAAAGUGGAACUGGUGAAGCUACAACUUUUCAAUUUCGCAACUAUUCUUGGCUCUAUACCCUAUUUUCCUCUGUACAGACUUACGCUCUCUCGGCCACGGUCGCUGAUGGCUCGCAAACGGCCCUAGCACCAGUCACAAUCAGAGUGAUUAGGGCUCCACUUCGCUAUCCAACCUUCUCUCAGAGCACCUACUCUUACACCUUUGCAGAGCUGACAACUGGUGCCCUCGUUCCAGGGAUGUUUUUUACUGGGCUUUCCUCAUACUUACACGUCUCUACAACCAACACCAAGCAGACCAAGACAGCUAACUGUAAAUCUCAUAUUUCUGCGAAUGUUAGCACGGCGUCACAGCAGCAAACAUCAGCACAAUGGGGACUCUUGCUCGGCCUUUUUGGCUUUGAAACAACUCUAUUGCUCUUUCUUCUUCCUACUGAACGCCAGCCUUGGGCCCGUUCAGAGUCUCAAGGCUCGCCAGCCGCUACAGACCCGAACAUACCCGCCCUAUUCACAUAUUCUAUUGAAGGUGCAUUCUCAACCAGCUUCUCCAUCAGCAGCACGACGGGUGCACUUGCAAUCGCAACCGGCCUCCCUCGAGACGCCCCAACUGGCUUCCCAGUGAGUUCAAAGAACCUUAAAUUGACUGAAUAA